CGACUCUCUUUCUCUCCUUCAUAUUACUUUGAACACAUUUUCCCCUCUUCAAGAUCCCGUCUCUAAGCGAAUCUCUGGUCCCACCUCUAUACUUCCACCACGACCCCAACAGCAAUCAUGGGCAAAACAUUUCAGAAGAUCCACGCCUGCUCGGCAGGAACCUUUCCCAAGGAUGGAAACAAGAUCUCGCAAUGGGUCCGCGCAAAUGGAGGAGAAUACUCCCCGACUGUGACCCCACAAGUAACCCAUUUGAUCACUACGCUCGAGGCAUAUAAGAAGAACAUCAAACCUGUCCGUGAAGCAAAAGAGCUGAAACAUAUCAAGAUCGUCACCUUCGACUGGUUGGAGGACUCUUUGCUCGACAAAGGCAGAAAGCCGAGACGUGUCACUAAGUAUCUUCUCAAUACUAUAGUGGGCAAUGAGGAGAAGAAGCAGCAGCAGCAGCAAGCUACCAAGAAGUCAGCAGAUGCUAAAGCUCGAGCCAAGAAGACGGGAGCGACAAAGAGGCUUCCAGGGAGGAUCAAGAAUCCAGAUCCGUUUGGCAAGGCGACUGCCAGGUUUAAGGCUGGAACUGCUGCGGGUAAGGGGGACACGUUGGGCGCCAUGGUCCUCGUAUACAUCACCGUGUCAACGCUGACAUCGAAAUCCUAGCAAACUAUAGCAUCUACAUGGAUGGCAGGACGGGGACGAAGUACGACAUAUCCUUGGCGCGAAUGACGACCUCAGGACGAUCGAGAGAGAAGAUCCGCCUCAGAGUCAGUUCAUUUCUACCAAGGGACCUCCCUGUAUACGGGACAAGUAUCACUUCGUAGGCAAGGAAGCUAAGAAGGCAUUGCUUAUUUUAGAUCUACGAGUCAAUCGACGAACCGCACGUCUACGCGGUGCACACGGAGUGCAGUCGUAGUGGAG